GAUGAUGAACGAAGUAACUAGCGACCAUUUUCGUGAAUUUGUAGAGGAUUGUGGUUGACCGUCAUUCAGGACGUAUUAUUCUAGCUAGCUAUCAUAAUUUGUUUUUUCCUGAUUGCAACGAUUCAGAAGUAAUGCCGUCUUUGUUAUUCUGUGGCCCCAAACUGGCCGCCUGUGGGAUUGUACUAAGCAUAUGGGGUGUUAUAAUGUUGGUAAUGUUGGGGAUUUUCUUCAGUGCGAAAUCUGCUGUGUUGAUUGAGGAUGUUCCCUUUACUGAGGAAGACAUCCGCAAUGACAAAAACCCACCGCAGACGAUCUACGGACUAUACAACCAAGUGGGCAUCAACUGCUUCAUUGCUGCAGCGAUCUAUGUUGGAGUCGGGGCUGUUUCUCUGUGCCAGGUUCGACUGAACAAGCGUCAAGAGUACAUGGUGACCUAAGUUAAAUAUCUUUCAAGUGGGCCACCAGAUCUUCCUCUAUUUAUUUAUUUGUAGGUGGCUUCUGAGACUACCAGAGGUUUAGAAAUUUAUGAAUUAUGUAAGCGAUUUGUAGUAGCAGUUCAAACCUUCCUUCUUAUGAUCCCAAUUCAUUAGUGACUAAUACAGAGUAAAAUGGUUAAUUUAAAAGGAAAACCAUUCAGACACAAAGAGCUUUUAUGUAUUAAUGACUUGACCGUUAAUCAAAUAUUGGUUUAUACAUGUACAUGCUAUUUUUGAACUGAAAAAACUCAGGCACGAUAUCCUUGCACAUUUCCCUUGUAUGAGAAUCAAAACAGAAUGGACCACAGUAAAAGCAGCCAACUGUUGGAGAUAAAUUAAUAUAUAACAUCAAAGUGUAAAACAGUGGCUCUGGGAUCUUACUUUGAUUAGUAAUAUUAUCUAAUGCUCUACAACACUUAAUUUUUGUGUUGCGCUGCUUCUAAUUUAUUGUUAGCUUGUUUGAUUUGUGUCCCUCUCCUACCCAUAUACUUGAUGUGAUUGUUGUGAAAAUAUGUGAAAGUGUGUAAACAGGUCAUGGCAAUGUGAAAUGUUCCUGAAUAACAAAGUGGAAAUUAAAAAAAGCUCAUUGCUUUUA